AGUGGGGUUUUUUGUCUCCUUCCCCGCUGCGGAAAGAGAAGCAGCUCGGACUCGAGGCAGCAGCUCCCCCGCAAAACCCUAGCUUUACCUCCGCCCCGUCCUCUCCCGUAGAACGCCUCCAAGAUGAAGCUCGUCAGGUUCUUGAUGAAGCUGAACAAUGAGACGGUGACCAUCGAGCUCAAGAACGGCACCGUCGUCCACGGCACCAUCACCGGUGUUGACAUCAGCAUGAAUACUCAUCUGAAGACCGUAAAGCUUACAUUGAAAGGGAAAAAUCCUGUUACCCUUGAUCACCUCAGUGUGAGAGGAAACAACAUUCGCUAUUAUAUCCUCCCUGACAGCUUAAACCUGGAGACUUUGCUGGUUGAGGAAACACCAAGGGUCAAGCCUAAGAAGCCAACUGCAGGGAAACCCUUGGGACGCGGGCGUGGCCGUGGUCGUGGCCGUGGCCGGGGUCGGGGACGCUGAGCUUGCUCCCUGCUGGUUGGGGUCGGGGAUGCUGAGUUUGCUCCCUGCUGGUCAGGGUUGGGGGACGCUGAGCUUGUUCCCUGCUUUUGGAAACUUUUGCGAUGCGCACAUCUGUGCAAUGUAAUCUGCUUUCUUAUCAGUUGUAUGGACUAUUGCUUUCAAUAGGGCAAAGGUGUUGGCGUAAGAGGUUAUUUGCUGUGGACUCGUGUUGAUUUUAGAGGUUACAAUGUAAUUACUGUGCCAUGAUGCCCUUUUCGGAGAACUCUUGCUGAUGAUGACUAAAUUCUAUAAGAAGUUAACCAUAC